UUUAUCUUUCAUCUGCGGCAACCCUGUCACCCGGCAUCGGCGCCUCGCUACUUCGUACAAGCAGCGUAUACUUUCGUGGCUUUCAUUGUAAAAGGAACGUGCGAUUGCCACUGGUUUAUAGAUUGUGUUUGGUUUUUUUAAGACUAAUCGGGCCGAAGCCCAAAAACUGUAACUCAGGAUGUCGGGAAUUCCCCCAUUCUUCAUUCCUGGUGUGACACCCCCAAACCCAUGGGCAAAUGCAGCCAUGAUGGCUCAAGCUCAGCAACAGGCACAGCAAGCUCAGAUGGCUGCUGCCGUUCAAAUGCAGGCUCAAGCUGCAGCAGCUGCACAGUUGCAGGCUGCUCAAAUUCAUGCAGUUCAAGCAGCUCAUGCACAAGUCCAGGCUCAAGUUCAGGCCACACAGGGUCCCCCAGUAAUUACCAGUUCAAAACAAGAGCAAAUGACAGAAGAAAAAAUGCAAGACAAAGCACGGAAAUGGCAGCAACUGCAGACCAAGCGUUAUGCAGACAAAAGAAAGUUUGGUUUUGUUGACUCUCAGAAAGAAGACAUGCCUCCCGAGCAUGUGCGUAAAAUCAUUCGCGAUCAUGGUGACAUGACCAAUCGAAAAUUCCGCCAUGACAAGAGAGUCUACCUUGGAGCCCUUAAAUACAUGCCACACGCUGUUCUAAAACUUUUGGAGAAUAUGCCGAUGCCUUGGGAGCAAAUCCGCGAUGUUAAAGUACUUUACCACAUAACAGGUGCUAUCAGCUUUGUAAACGAAAUUCCGUGGGUCGUUGAGCCCGUUUACAUUGCGCAAUGGGGUACAAUGUGGAUUAUGAUGCGUCGUGAGAAACGAGAUCGUCGGCACUUCAAACGGAUGCGUUUUCCUCCGUUCGAUGAUGAGGAACCUCCUUUGGACUAUGCUGACAAUAUCUUGGAUGUAGAGCCUCUGGAAGCUAUUCAGAUGGAACUGGACGCAGAUGAGGAUAAGCCAGUAGCUCAAUGGUUGUACGACAGCAAGCCGCUGGUCGAUACCAAAUACGUGAAUGGAACCACUUAUCGCAAAUGGCAACUGGAAAUUCCUCAACUGGCGACACUCUAUCGUCUAGCGAACCAAUUGCUCACAGAUCUUGUCGAUGAUAACUAUUUCUAUCUCUUCGACCUGAAAUCUUUUUUCACCGCCAAGGCGUUGAACAUGGCGAUUCCUGGGGGGCCUAAAUUUGAGCCGCUUGUUAAAGAUGGCAACACACAAGACGAAGAUUGGAAUGAAUUCAACGAUAUCAACAAAAUUAUUAUCCGUCAACCUGUUCGAACGGAAUAUCGAAUUGCGUUCCCGUAUCUGUACAACAACAUGCCAAACUUCGUUCAUCUGUCAUGGUAUCAUACUCCAAACGUAACAUUCAUUAAGACUGAGGAUCCGGAUUUGCCAGCCUUCUACUUCGAUCCUCUGAUUAACCCUAUUUCGCAUAGACGUACCGAGAACAAGUUAGCCGAAGUGGCUGAACAAGAUUUGCUACCAGAUGAUAGCGAAGAAUUUGAAUUGCCAGAGUAUGCAACACCUCUUCUCCAAGAGUGGCCGUUGUAUACGGACAAUACGGCAAACGGCAUUGCGUUGCUGUGGGCGCCCAGGCCAUUCAACUGUCGUUCCGGUUUCACCCGUCGAGCGUUGGAUGUUCCAUUGGUCAAAAACUGGUAUCGUGAGCAUUGUCCGCCGGGACAACCGGUAAAGGUGCGCGUUUCGUAUCAGAAGCUGCUCAAGUACUACGUCUUGAAUGCCUUGAAGCAUCGACCACCUAAAGCCCAGCGCAAGCGCUACCUCUUCCGAUCAUUCAAGUCGACAAAAUUCUUCCAGCAAACAACUUUGGAUUGGGUCGAAGUCGGCCUUCAGGUCUGUCGCCAAGGUUGGAACAUGUUGAACUUGUUGAUUCACAGGAAGAACCUCAACUACCUUCAUUUGGAUUACAAUUUCAACUUGAAACCUGUCAAGACCCUAACAACUAAGGAGCGUAAAAAGUCACGAUUCGGAAACGCUUUUCAUCUCUGCCGUGAAAUAUUGCGUUUGACGAAACUGAUUAUCGACUCCCAUGUUCAGUACCGUCUUAACAACGUCGACGCUUUCCAACUGGCCGAUGGUCUUCAGUAUAUAUUCGCUCAUGUUGGUCAAUUAACUGGCAUGUACCGCUACAAGUACAAGUUGAUGAGACAGAUCCGAAUGUGCAAGGAUCUCAAACAUCUCAUCUACUACCGCUUCAACACUGGGCCAGUAGGAAAAGGUCCUGGCUGUGGUAUUUGGGCUCCCGGAUGGCGCGUGUGGCUCUUCUUCUUGCGCGGUAUCACUCCUUUGCUCGAACGAUGGCUGGGCAACUUGUUGUCCCGUCAGUUUGAAGGCCGUCACUCUAAGGGUAUUGCCAAGACCGUCACCAAGCAGCGUGUCGAGUCCCAUUUCGAUCUGGAACUUCGCGCGUCGGUUAUGCACGAUAUCCUUGAUAUGAUGCCUGAAGGUAUUAAGCAAAACAAAGCCCGUACCAUCUUGCAACAUUUGUCUGAGGCCUGGAGAUGCUGGAAAGCCAACAUUCCCUGGAAGGUGCCUGGGUUGCCGACUCCCAUAGAAAACAUGAUCCUUCGAUACGUCAAGAUGAAGGCCGAUUGGUGGACGAACACUGCCCAUUACAAUCGUGAACGUAUCCGUCGUGGAGCAACUGUCGACAAAACAGUGUGCAAGAAGAACUUGGGUCGUCUAACUCGUCUCUACCUUAAGGCUGAACAAGAACGUCAGCAUAACUACUUGAAAGACGGUCCCUAUAUUUCGCCCGAAGAAGCUGUCGCUAUCUACACCACGACCGUGCACUGGCUCGAAUCACGUCGUUUCGCCCCUAUUCAGUUCCCACCGCUUUCGUACAAACACGAUACCAAACUUCUCAUUUUGGCUUUGGAACGACUUAAAGAAGCUUACAGCGUCAAAUCGCGCCUCAAUCAGAGUCAGCGUGAAGAGCUUGGUUUGAUUGAGCAGGCGUACGACAACCCCCAUGAAGCCUUGUCUCGUAUUAAGCGUCACUUGCUGACGCAGCGUGCUUUCAAAGAAGUUGGCAUUGAAUUCAUGGAUCUCUACAGCCACUUGGUUCCCGUUUACGAUGUCGAACCUCUAGAGAAGAUCACCGACGCUUACUUAGACCAGUACUUGUGGUAUGAAGCCGACAAGCGCCGCCUAUUCCCGCCUUGGAUUAAACCUGCUGACGCCGAACCACCUCCAUUGCUAGUUUAUAAAUGGUGCCAGGGUAUUAACAACCUUCAGGAUGUGUGGGAAACGUCAGAUGGCGAAUGUAACGUAAUGUUGGAAACAAAAUUCGAGAAGCUAUACGAAAAGAUCGAUUUGACUUUGCUCAAUCGUCUUUUGCGCCUGAUUGUGGAUCACAACAUUGCCGAUUACAUGACAGCCAAGAACAACGUGGUCAUUAAUUACAAGGACAUGAACCACACCAAUUCGUAUGGUAUCAUCCGUGGUCUGCAGUUCGCCUCGUUCGUGGCCCAGUACUUCGGUCUUGUUCUCGAUUUGCUUGUCCUGGGUCUUCAGCGCGCAUCAGAGAUGGCCGGUCCGCCACAAAUGCCGAAUGAUUUCCUCAUCUUUCAAGACGUAGCUACAGAAGUUGCCCAUCCUAUCAGGCUCUAUUCACGCUACGUUGAUCGCGUUCACAUGUAUUUCCGGUUUACAGCUGAAGAAGCUCGUGACCUGAUUCAGCGUUACCUGACAGAACAUCCUGAUCCCAACAACGAGAACAUUGUCGGCUACAAUAACAAGAAAUGCUGGCCUCGAGAUGCCCGCAUGCGUCUGAUGAAGCACGACGUCAAUCUUGGUCGUGCUGUUUUCUGGGACAUCAAGAAUCGAUUGCCGAGGUCGGUUUCAACCAUUCAAUGGGAGGGCAGCUUCGUCAGUGUCUACUCCAAGGAUAAUCCGAACUUGCUGUUCAACAUGGCUGGAUUCGAAUGCCGAAUUCUCCCCAAAUGCCGUAUGACUCACGAGGAGUUUACGCAUCGUGAUGGUGUCUGGAAUUUGCAGAAUGAGAUCACCAAAGAACGAACGGCCCAAUGUUUCCUGCGAGUCGAUGACGAGUCACUGCAAAAGUUCCAUAACCGUGUCCGACAAAUUCUGAUGGCCUCCGGAUCCACCACCUUUACAAAGAUCGUCAACAAAUGGAACACAGCUCUUAUAGGUCUUAUGACAUACUUCCGAGAAUCGGUCGUCAACACUCAGGAGCUAUUGGAUCUACUGGUGAAGUGCGAGAAUAAGAUCCAGACUCGUAUUAAGAUUGGUCUCAACUCGAAAAUGCCUUCGCGUUUCCCUCCUGUAGUUUUCUACACACCCAAGGAAUUGGGUGGCCUGGGCAUGUUGUCCAUGGGUCACGUGCUCAUUCCGCAAUCCGAUUUACGUUGGUCUAAACAAACGGACGUAGGCAUCACCCAUUUCCGUUCGGGUAUGUCGCACGACGAGGAUCAGCUCAUUCCCAAUUUGUAUCGUUACAUCCAGCCAUGGGAAGCUGAGUUCAUCGAUUCGCAGCGAGUCUGGGCUGAAUAUGCGCUCAAACGUCAAGAGGCUUCAGCCCAGAACCGUCGUCUCACUCUAGAAGAUUUGGAAGAUAGUUGGGAUCGUGGUAUUCCUCGUAUUAACACGCUGUUCCAGAAAGAUCGACACACUUUGGCUUACGACAAAGGAUGGCGUGUCCGAACGGAAUUCAAACAAUAUCAAGUGUUGAAACAGAACCCUUUCUGGUGGACCCAUCAGCGCCACGAUGGUAAACUGUGGAACCUCAACAACUAUCGUACAGACAUGAUUCAAGCAUUGGGAGGUGUCGAAGGUAUCCUGGAGCAUACGCUGUUCAAGGGAACCUAUUUCCCUACCUGGGAAGGUCUCUUUUGGGAGAAAGCUUCCGGUUUUGAAGAAUCGAUGAAGUACAAGAAAUUGACCAAUGCCCAGCGGUCCGGUUUGAAUCAAAUUCCUAACCGUCGAUUCACGCUGUGGUGGUCGCCUACCAUCAACAGAGCCAAUGUCUACGUUGGUUUCCAGGUCCAACUGGAUUUGACUGGCAUUUUUAUGCACGGUAAAAUUCCAACGCUUAAGAUUUCAUUGAUUCAAAUCUUCCGCGCUCACUUGUGGCAGAAAAUCCAUGAGUCUGUCGUCAUGGAUCUUUGUCAAGUCUUCGAUCAGGAAUUGGAUGCGCUGGAGAUUGAAACGGUGCAGAAGGAAACUAUUCACCCUCGUAAAUCUUACAAGAUGAACUCCUCUUGCGCUGAUAUUCUUCUUUUCGCCUCCUACAAGUGGAACGUUUCCCGGCCGUCCUUGCUGGCUGAUUCUCGUGAUGUCAUGGACAACACGACGACACAGAAAUACUGGAUUGACGUCCAGCUGCGUUGGGGCGAUUACGAUUCGCACGAUAUUGAACGUUAUUCACGUGCCAAGUUCCUCGAUUACACGACAGAUAACAUGUCCAUCUAUCCGUCACCGACUGGCGUCCUCAUCGCUCUUGAUUUGGCGUACAAUCUGCAUAGUGCCUACGGAAAUUGGUUCCCCGGAUCCAAGCCGCUUAUCCAGCAAGCUAUGGCUAAAAUCAUGAAGGCCAAUCCAGCUCUCUACGUGUUGCGUGAACGUAUUCGCAAAGGCCUUCAGUUGUAUUCUUCCGAACCGACGGAGCCUUACUUGUCGUCUCAAAACUACGGCGAACUUUUCUCCAAUCAAAUUAUUUGGUUUGUUGACGAUACCAACGUCUACCGUGUCACCAUUCACAAGACGUUCGAGGGUAAUUUAACGACUAAACCUAUCAACGGAGCCAUUUUCAUCUUUAAUCCUCGAACGGGUCAACUUUUCCUCAAGAUUAUUCACACAUCUGUCUGGGCUGGCCAGAAACGAUUGGGUCAGUUGGCCAAGUGGAAGACAGCCGAAGAAGUUGCCGCUUUGAUUCGUUCUUUGCCCGUGGAAGAACAGCCCAAGCAAAUCAUCGUCACACGCAAAGGCAUGUUAGAUCCCCUCGAAGUCCACUUGCUGGAUUUCCCCAACAUCGUCAUCAAGGGUUCAGAGCUUCAGCUUCCCUUCCAAGCUUGCUUGAAAGUGGAGAAGUUUGGUGAUCUUAUUUUGAAGGCGACAGAGCCCCAAAUGGUUUUGUUUAACCUUUACGACGAUUGGCUCAAAACCAUCUCGAGCUACACUGCAUUCUCGCGUCUGAUCCUCAUUCUGCGCGCCCUGCAUGUCAACAAUGACCGGACCAAGGUGGUGCUAAAGCCCGACAAGACCACCAUUACCGAAGCGCAUCACAUUUGGCCCUCUCUGACGGAUGAGCAAUGGAUCAAGGUCGAAGUGCAACUCAAGGAUCUCAUCCUGGCUGAUUACGGCAAAAAGAACAACGUCAACGUCGCUUCUCUGACACAAUCCGAAAUCCGAGACAUUAUCCUCGGUAUGGAGAUCAGCGCUCCAUCGGCCCAGCGUCAACAGAUUGCCGAAAUUGAGAAGCAGACCAAGGAACAAACGCAGUUGACUGCAACGACGACACGAACAGUCAACAAGCACGGUGACGAAAUCAUCACGAGUACCACCUCCAACUACGAGACCCAGACAUUCAGCUCCAAGACCGAGUGGCGAAUUCGAGCCAUUUCAGCCACUAAUCUGCAUCUGCGAACCAAUCACAUUUACGUUUCGUCGGAUGAUAUCAAGGAGACGGGCUACACCUACAUUUUGCCAAAGAAUGUGUUGAAGAAGUUCGUUACCAUUUCAGACUUGCGAGCUCAAAUUGCUGGUUACCUUUACGGCAUUAGUCCGCCAGACAAUCCCCAAGUGAAGGAGAUCCGCUGCAUCGUGAUGCCGCCUCAGUGGGGCACACAUCAAUCGAUUCAUUUGCCCGUCCAGCUGCCUCAGCACGAGUACCUGAAAGACCUGGAGCCCCUCGGCUGGAUGCACACGCAGCCCAACGAGUUGCCUCAACUCUCUCCACAAGACAUUACGACUCACGCCAAAGUGAUGGCAGACAAUGCCAACUGGGAUGGAGAAAAGACUGUGAUUAUCACCUGCAGUUUUACACCCGGUUCAUGCUCGCUGAUGGCCUACAAAUUAACACCCAGUGGCUUCGAAUGGGGCAAACAAAACACAGAUCGUGGCAAUAAUCCAAAGGGCUAUUUACCGUCGCAUUAUGAGCGAGUGCAAAUGCUGUUGUCUGACCAAUUCCUCGGCUUCUUUAUGGUCCCCUGUCAGGGAUCGUGGAACUACAACUUCAUGGGUGUUCGCCAUGACCCCAACAUGAAGUAUGAACUUCACCUUGCCAAUCCCAAGGAAUUUUACCACGAGGUUCAUCGACCAUCGCAUUUUAUGAACUUCUCUUCGAUUGAGGAAGGUGACAGUGUUGGAGCAGAUCGUGAUGAUUCAUUUGCUUAAAUAUCUUCAAUCACUUAUGUCUGUGUGGUCAUUUUGUAUUCAUCCCGGGUAAAUCCCUAUAUACGCGUUCAGGAGCAAGAGAGAUGUUAAAAGUAAACUGCUAAGUCCUACCUUAUCGGUCUUUGUGUUUUACUUUCCAAUUCUUAUUACUUUGAUUGGUUUCCCACUUGUAUCUGUAAGAUGAUUCGCAGAAUACAAUAGAGCAAACAUUUUAUUUCCA